CGGCUUCCCACUGUCAACUCUUCCUUUCUCUCUCUAAAAUUAACCAGAGCGAUCAAUUCUCUAUUUCCUUCUCUCUCUGAAAUUCUUAUUGAUCGAAUUAUAGUCUGAUUUUUGUAUUAAGAAGAAGAUGAAUGAUUUGUUAGCAGGAUCGUUUGCUAGAUUCAGAAGCGAUGAUGUCGAACAAGGUGGUGGUGGUGGUGGAAAUAUACAGAUGGGAGGAGGAGGAACAGUGGUAGGUGUAAACCUAGACAAAUUCUUUGAAGAUGUUGAAAGUGUUAAGGAUGAAUUAAAAGAAGUAGAAAGAAUACAUCAAAAACUUUCAGAUGCAAAUGAAGAAAGCAAAACAAGUCAUAAUGCUAAAUCAAUCAAAGAAAUAAGAUCUCGUAUGGAUUCAGAUAUUUCAUUAGCUUUAAAAAAAGCCAAACUCAUUAAAGUUCGAUUAGAGGCAUUGGAUCGAGCAAACGCAUCAAAUCGAAGCUUUCCGGGUUGCGGACCAGGUAGUUCAUCAGAUCGUACAAGAACAUCAGUCGUUAAUGGACUCCGCAAAAAACUCAAAGAUUCAAUGGAUAAUUUCAAUUCUCUUCGUGAAAAGAUUUCAUCUGAGUACAAAGAUACAGUCAAGAGAAGGUAUUACACAGUUACCGGAGAAAAUCCAGCUGAUUCAAUUGUUGAUAACUUGAUUUCGACUGGGGAAAGUGAAUCGUUUUUACAGAAAGCGAUUCAGGAACAAGGAAGAGGAAGAGUUUUAGAUACUAUAAGUGAAAUUCAAGAAAGACAUGAUGCUGUGAAGGAAGUUGAGAAAGGAUUACAUGAUUUACAUCAAGUGUUUUUAGAUAUGGCUGUGUUAGUUGAGGUACAAGGUGAACAAUUAGAUGAUAUUGAAAGUCAUGUUGCUAGAGCCAAUUCAUUUGUUAGAGGUGGAACUGAACAAUUGGUAACUGCUAAGAAACAUCAAAGAAGUACUAGGAAAUGGACUUGUUAUGCUGUUAUACUGCUUCUGGUUGUGAUUCUGGUUAUCACUCUUCCAAUUGUUCUUAAAAACACCGGCGGCGGCGGCGGCAGUAGCAACACCGCCCCCAGUAAUAAGUGAAGAAAUAUAGUUUGGUGAAAUUUUCUGUAAUUUUUUGGUUUUUAAUUUUUCUUUCUGAUUCUGUUUUAUUUUACUGUAAUAUGAAAAUUUUAUUCGUUUAGUAUAUCUAUAAUCAUAUUUGUAUUAAUUUUUUUGGGUAUAUUUGUUGUUAAAUAAGAGAUGUCAGAGUC